UAUUCUAGUUCCUUUACAAUUAGCCCAAAAGUGAUAGAAAAUUAUGACAGUUCUUUAUUGAAUUCUUACUAUGUUCUACGCAUUUUACGUAUUCUGUACAAAAUUUUAGCUUCACAAAAACCUUUAAUGUUGGUGCUUUUUAACCUUAACCCAUUUUACCAGUGGGGAAAUUGAACAACUUUACUUGCCUAAAAUUGUACAGCUAGUUAAAUGGCAGAGUCAAGAUUGGGAACUAGGCCAUUUAUCCUUAUCCCUGACUUGCUCUUGGCAGUGGUUCUCAAUCUGAUGUCCAUUCCCACCAGGGGACAGUUUUAGUUGUCACAACUUGAGGGGCUGCAAAGAAAGGGUGCUUGCAAGUAGAGACCAUAACUGCUGCUAAACAUCUUACAAUGCAUCUCCCACAACAAAGAGUUACCUAACCAUCCAAAAUGUUGAUAGUGCGGAGGUUGAGAAACUUUUUGCGCUAUGGUUUAGUGCCUCAAAUAGGUAUCGAUGAAAAUGGUGCAUCUCCUCUUGCCAGUAGUCAAAGACCAACUUUUAUUUAUUUAUUUAUUUAUUUAUUUAUUUACUUUUAAUCUGUCACAACUGAUUCUUUUGUACAGUACAACCCAAAAUUAAUUACUAGUCAAACCCGUAGAGUAUAUAACACCAAGAAUGAAUGCUAGUAAACUUUGGGUGAUAUGAUAUAUCAGUGGAAGUUCAUGAAUUGUAGCAAAUGUACCACUCGGGUGUGGGAUGUUGGUAGUGGAAGAGGCUGGGGGUAGUGAGUGGUUACAGAGGGUAUAUGGGUACUCUACAUACUUGCUGCUUAAUUUUGCUGUGAACCUAAAACGUCUCUAAAAAAGAAAGUGGUGUUUGUUUGUUUGUUUGUUUGUUUUUAAUAAAUUACUGGGAAAAUGACAUUUAAAAAGAAAAAACAGCCAAUUAUUUUAUAAUCAAGUUCAGCAUACAUAAAAUUGUUGCCAAAUUGCAAUAAAAGUUUCUAAAGGGAUACUGUCAGUUUCUAUAUUUAAAAGGACUGUCACAGUUUGUGAGUUAAAUUUGGAGUAGCAGUAAAUUGUAUGUUCUUGAAUAAAGAAUAUCAAGAAAAAUUGAUAAACAGAACCAAACUAUACAUAAGUGCCAGCUGAAAGUUAGAGACCAUAAGAGCCCACAGACUUUUAGAGUGGAGUGGUGUGGUUAGGAGGCAUGGAGAACAGGUGGUUCAUGCUCUGGGAGGGUGGACGGAGGCAAGCGAGCAGCUCAGGUAGAGGGCAUAGUGCAUGCAUACUCAAAGUGUGUUCAGGAAAUCCUCAAAUGUACUAGAGAGAGAGAGUCUUACAAGGAGUAGUGGGAGAAAAAUAUGGAGCUAGGCAGGGCUAGAUUGUUCAGGACUGUAAAUGGCAUGGUAAAGAGUUUGGGUGUGGUAUGCUAGGUAUUGGGGAAGGAUUUUUUUUUUUUUUUAACUUGAGAAAAUAAUUUAUUUUGUUCCAGAAUUUGGGAUCAGAAACAACUUGGUAGGACUGACUCAUAUCUUUUCCAUACAGGAUCAGCUGCGGCAUAUUGAUUGGCUCAGGUACAUGCCAGGCUGGCAAGUUGGUGCUGGCUGCUUGUUGGGAGUUCAGCUGGGGAUUUUGCCUGGGGCUUCAGUUCCUCCCCAUGUUAGCCUUCCUUAUAGCAUGGUAGCUGGGUUCCUAGACCAAAUAUCCUAAACAUGAUGAAGUUGAAGCUGCUAUUCUUUCCAUGUUUAGGCCAGGAAACUGGUACAGAAUCAUUUCCACCGUAUUCUAUUGUUCAAACAGUAGAAUGCCAGGAUUUAAGAUAAGGGAACAUAGACUCCAUCUCUCAAUAAUUGGAGUGAGAAGGAAUUUGCACCAUUUUUGACCUAUCGGAUGAAAUUGAAGGUUUGGCAAUCCUGCAUCAGCAAGUCUUUUGACUCCAUUUUUCCAACAACAUUUGCUCACUUCCUGUCUCUGUUACAUUUUGGGAAUUCUUGGAAUAUUUCAAACUUUUCCACUAUUAUGAUAUUUGUUUUGGUGAUCAGUGAUUGACUUGCUGAAUGUUCAGAUGAUGGUUAGCAUUUUUCAGCCAUAAAGUAUGUUUUAAUUAAGACUUUUUGUUAUGAUUGUUCUGUUUAAUCAAGAUGUCUAACAAAGCAGGGGCUUCCAAGAAAAGAUCUCAACAGUUAAAAAAAAACCCAAAACGAAAAACUGAUGAUGAAGAAGUGGAGUUACCAGAGAGAAAGGUUAGAAACACAGCAAAAAAUAAAAAUCCAAAGCAUCUGCCUUCUGAAGUAACAGGACAAACAGAGCAUACUAAUCUAAAACGGGUAAAGGUAGCAUUCAACAAGAGAAAAACCUGGCAGCCUCUUUCAAAGAGGAGCAGAGAGCAUUUACAAGCUAUGAUGGAAUCAGUAAUAAUAACAAUUUUGAGUAACAAUAUUAGAGAACAUGAACAAGUUCAGUAUCAUCUUAACUAUCUAAAGAAAAGAUUGCUACAACUGUGUGAAAAUCUUAAAGUCCCUCCCAAAAAGCUGAAAGAUUUAACUAAUGUGUCAAGUCUACUGAAAAUGGAAAGGGCAGAGCACAGAGCUAAUGAAGAAGGUCUGGCAUUAUUGCAGGAGGAAAUAGAUAAAAUACUAGAGACCAUAGAGUCAAUGACUGGGAGUAUUCACAGCCUAAAGAACAAAAUUCAAAUUCUGACAAGUGAGGUGGAAGAAGAGGAAGAGAAAGUAAAACAGAAAUUUCAGAUAGAUAGUGGGGUACUCUGUCUUCCAGAACUUUCUCAGAAGAGUCUCAAAGCUCCCACACUUCAGAAAGAAAUUCUGACGUUAAUUCCAAACCAUAAUGCUCUUCUGAAGGACUUGGAUGUUCUCCAUAAUUCAUCCCAGAUGAAAAAUAUGUUAACUUUCAUUGAAGAAGCCUAUAAGAGACUGGAUGCCUCUUAAUGAGGUUUUUUUUUUUUUAGACUGGUCCAUAUUAAUUUAAUGUCUAUGAAUUUAUAAAACUGUUACUUGUGAUGAUAUUGCAGAGGGUGAGUCUUCUUCAGGAUGUAUUUCCAAUGCACACUUAAAAUUAGCCUUAUAGAUCUGUUAGCAUCUAAUGUCCUAAAAACUGUUUUGAGUAGUUGCCAAAACUGGGAACUCACAUUUCUGUUGCUGUAUCUCUGGUUAUUUGCCUGAAGCCAUGAAACAAGGAACAGUCACAAUCUAAUGAUUUACAGUGACUGAAUUGAACUCAUUUAUUGGCUAGUGCAGUGGAAAUGUGGUACUGUCAUAUAUAAGGUGUGUGUAGUAGCUGGUACAUAGAAACACAAUUGUUUGCUAGCAUUAUUAUCCUUUAGCUCAUGACUUGCAUUUUCUGUGUGGUUAUCUGGAACUUGAGAAAUCCCGAAAUGCCUUAAUUCUUUUACAUAACUCCCUGGAGUUUUGUGGCAUAAUUAAGAUUUGCCAGGUGUCUUUGCCUUUGGAGGUAGCAUGACCAUAUUUCUUUGGUUGGGUUAUUGACUAGAUGUAGAAUAUUUUCCACUGUCAUCAAAGCAUACUUUAUCUAAAAGAAACCUAAGCACAUUUAUCCCUUAAAAGAAAAAUCAAACAAAAAACCCUUUCUAUAAACCUUUUCUCAUUGUAGUAAUAAGUAUAUGUGUGUGUGUGUAUAUAUAUAUAUAUAUAUAUAUAUAUAUGAGUAAAUUAUCAUUUGAAUAUAUUAAAAGUCUUUUCUGUACACUACAGUAUAUUGUCUGAUUUGCUUUUAUUUAUUUGUAAAAUAAAAUAACAAAUAAAUGUAAUUUCUUGGGGCACCUGGAUGGCUCAGUUGUUUCAGUGUCCGACUUUGGCUCAGGUCAUAAUCUCACAGCUCAUGACUUUGAGCCCCACAUAGGGCUCUGUGCUGACAGUUCAGAGGCUGGAGCCUGCUUCACAUUCUGUGUCUCCCUCUCUCUCUGCCCCUUUCCCACUCAUGCUCU